AUCGACAAUGGGAUAUAGCUCCCAAGUCUUGGAUAUGACCAUAUGGGCUCUUUAUUGUCAAAUCAGGUGGAUCAGGAGGAAGUCAUAUCUUCCUGAAAGUCGGUCCAAUGGCUGAUGAGCUCAAUCUAUCUUCGACCUUUAUUCCCGCCCUGUAUAAGCCUUCAUCGCUUCUGUCCAUUGCUCGAUAUAGGGAGAAGCUUUUAUACCUUAUUGAGGCUUUCCCGGUAACGAUAGUUGUUGGGCAGACUGGAAGUGGCAAAACGACACAAUUACCCCAAUUCCUGGAUCAAGCAGGAUGGACGGCCGAUGGGAAGGUCAUUGGGGUGACGCAGCCGCGUCGAGUAGCAGCGACUACAGUUGCUCGCAGAGUCGCUGAUGAAAUGCGGUGCAAGCUGGGAGAAGAAGUAGGCUAUUCAAUCAGAUUUGAGGACGUCACAUCCGCUGCUACAAGAAUCAAGUUUCUUACAGAUGGGUUGUUACUUCGAGAAGCACUUGUUGACCCUUUGCUGUCUCGUUACUCAGUGAUUAUGGUCGAUGAGGCUCACGAACGUUCUAUCAGCACUGAUAUUUUGCUUGGAAUACUGAAGAAGAUAAUGAAGAAACGUCCUGAGCUCCGCAUUAUUAUCAGCAGUGCUACUUUGCAAGCUGAGCAGUUCUUACGAUUUUUCUGUGGCGAUAAGGCGAUCAUUGAAGGACAGGGUGAAGAACUUGGAGGCGAUGUUGGGCGCAUUAUUAGUCUUGAAGGCCGAAUGUACCCGGUUGAUAUCCUUUUUCUGGAGAGCCCAGCGGAGGAGUAUGUUGAAAGGGCCAUUAAGACGGUCUUUGAUAUCCAUUCUCAAGAGGACGAAGGUGACAUACUCAUCUUCCUGACUGGGCGAGAAGAGAUUGAACAGACAGUCCAAAUGAUCUCAGAACGAGCUGCUAUGCUCCAUCCAAAAGCAAAAUCCCUACUUCCGCUCCCUCUCUACGCUGGCCUAACUACAGAACAACAAAUGUAUAUUUUUGAACCUACGCCAGAAAACACGCGCAAAGUGGUGGUAUCGACAAAUAUUGCCGAGGCCUCAGUGACAAUUGACGGGGUUGUUUUUGUUAUUGAUUGUGGAUUUGUCAAGAUCCGGGCUUACAACCCAAAGACCGGCAUUGAGACAUUGACAGCGACGCCGAUAUCUAAAGCCUCAGCAACGCAACGUGCCGGUCGAGCCGGAAGAACAAAGCCGGGUAAAUGUUUUCGUCUAUAUACCCAACAUUCCUACGAGGCGUUACCUGACAUGGGCAUACCGGAGAUUCAACGAUCAAACUUGGCACCGGUUGUCAUGCAGCUGAAAGCUCUUGGUAUUGACAAUGUCGUACGCUUUGACUUUCUUUCGCCCCCUCCUGCUGAAUUGAUGACGCGUGCGCUAGAGCUUCUGUACUCCCUCGGAGCAGUGGAUGACUAUGCCAAACUGACAAAACCUACGGGAUAUCGUAUGGCCGAACUCGGUGUUGAGCCAAUGCUUGCCAAGGUCUUACUCAGUGCAUCUAGUUUUAAUUGUUUGAGCGAGAUUCUCUCUAUUGCUGCCAUGCUCAGCUUACAGGGCUCCCUGUGGGUACAGCAUGACGGUGGUAAAGACGAAACAGAAGGCGCACGAAGGAAGUUUGCAGUUGAAGAGGGAGAUCAUAUGACGUAUUUGAAUGUGUAUCAGGCAUUCAUCACCAACGGCAAGAAGGACUCGAAAUGGUGCAGAGACAAUUUGCUUAACUAUAAGUCCUUGACUCGAGCUGUAAGCGUUCGUGCCCAGUUGAAGCGCUAUCUUGAGCGGUUUGGAUUGGAAGUCGAUUCGAAUCCUUCAAUCUCUUCUGCUUCAACAGAUAUCAACAAAGCAGAGCAGAUCCGCCGGUGUCUCACCACGGGAUACUUUGCACAUGCUGCCAAAAUGCAGCCUGACGGGAGCUUCAGGACCGUGAGCGGGGGGUUGACUUUACAUACUCACCCGAGCUCAUUGAUGUUUAACCGCAAAGCUGAUUGGGUCAUAUUCCAUGAAAUCCUGGAAACCGGAGAAAAGACCUUCAUCCGCGAUAUCACCAAGAUUGAGAGAAGUUGGCUGGUGGAAUAUGCUCCUGAAUACUAUCGAUUAUCAUAG